CGGAAGGCGGGAACAAGGAGUGCCGGUUUCUAAGCCAACGGUGAAGAGCGUGACAUUUCAGCCAAUCUAAGCCAACGGUGAAGAGCGUGACUGACAUUUCAGGUUUUUUGUGUUAUUGAAUAUUGAAUAUGAAGGUGCAACUUUUAAUUAUUUUGAUCAGUCUGGAGGCUUUAUUUGUAAUUGGCAAUCGCGAUGAAAUCGUAUAUUUUCUAAAUAGGGCGCUGCGCUGCGUUGAAAGCCUACAGCAAGACCCGGGAGACGAGAGAUGUUUUAGAGAGCUUAAUGACCACACCAUUAUAUUAAAUUAUAUGUUGUCCAUGGUUCGCUCUAGGGAAGGACCUGAUGGAGAGACUGUUGUUUUUUUGCAGUCAAUAUGUUUUUGUUUCAGUAGAUUGUGUAAUUUUAGAACUAGGCCUAGAAAUACUCAAGAAAACUGCCUUCCUCCGGUUCCACCUACAGCCAGACUUGGCAUUCCAUGUCGCCCACGAUACGACAUAACAGUUGAGCAAUUUAACCAGUGCCUGGGACUUGGUUUUAACUGGCAGGGAAUUGCUUCUUUUUUCGGAAUAAGCCGUCGGACUGUGUUCAGACAUAGGCAACGUCUUGGUGUCGGACCUUUAGAAUACACGUCCUUGACCAAUGUAGAACUUACAUCAAUCGUGAGGGAGAUUUCCAUGAGUACCCCGAAUGCUAAUGAGAGAUACGUCAUUGGAAGUCUACGGGCUCGCGGAAUUCGUAUCCAGCGCUGGAGGAUCCGUCAAAUUCUGCAGGAGAUUGAUCCCGUCGGACGGUCAUUGAGACGCAGUCAAGCCAUUCGCCGAAGGGUUUACAGUGUGCAAACUCCAAACGAGUUAUGGCAUAUUGACGGGAACCAUAAAUUGGUGAGGUGGAGAAUGGUGUUCCAUGGCUGUGUGGAUGGGUACAGUCGCUCCAUCAUAUACCUUGAGUGCCUCAAUAACAACAGGGCAUCAAGCGUUUUGAGCCUGUUUCAGCAAGGUGUAUCUGACUUUGGGCUGCCUUCGAGAGUACGGAGCGACCAUGGAAGGGAAGACAUAGAGGUUGCCCGAUUCAUGCUGAACAAUAGAGGGGUGAAUAGAGGGAGUAUGAUCAUGGGGCGCAGCGUACACAACCAAAGAAUAGAGAGGCUAUGGGCAGAACUAAACCGAGUUGUUUCUUAUUACUUCUCUGACUUAUUUACGUUUAUGGAAAAUGAAGGCAUACUUGACUCUCUUUGUGAUCUUCAUUUAUUUUGUUUGCAUUACAUUUACUUACCUCGGGUUCGAAGGGGAGUAAGAGAAUUCAGGAGCCAAUGGAAUAACCAUGGACUCUCUACCCAAGGAAGCCAAACCCCAUUGCAAUUGUGGCAUAGAGGUUGUCAGUCAUAUUGGAAGCAACAACACAUCUAUACGUGGUGUGUUUCAGAUUGAUCAACAUUUAGGCACUGAUAAUGGUGAACCGCUACCUGCAGUAGAGAGCAGGAAUAAUAUUGAGGUUCCUGAAAACAGUGUUCAUGUAAGCAACAGUACCAUGCAAGAAAUUCAAGAAUUAAUUGACCCAUUAAUGAAUGAUGGAAAUCAUGGAAUACAAUUAUUUCUGUCUCUUUUACAUUUUUUGCAAGCAAGACAUCCCA